AUGGCUGAUCAGCUUGUUGUAGUCGGCCUAGCUCCAGUACCGUUUGAUAGCUUGAAGAGGCUGCAAGUGAAGCUGAAGGGAGAGGAGGGUGACGAUGAGGAGCAAACACAGAAAGGUCCCCAAACACAAGCAUUGAAAGAACGACUUCUGGAUCUCCUAGGACCUGACGUUGCCAUAGAGAUCGUUGAAGAUUCAGUGCUGGAUGUGAUAUGCACUGAUUCGAUGAAGAAGGCCGUCAAGAAAACUCUGAAGAAAGAGAAGAAAUCCAUGAAUAAGAAACUUCUUCCCAGUUUCGCUGCUUUUGUAUCCCAAACCUUGAACAUGGCCAAAUUAUUGAGAGGAAUCGAGAUUGGAGACGACUUUUUUACUGUGACGAUCAAACUAGAUCAUGGUGAAAGGCUGAGGCUGCCUUCCACAUGUGUCCUCACUGAGGCUGGAUUUAUGCCAGUCCCAGGAACAAUACGAUCAAGGGAGAUGCAAUCCAUGUUUGCGAACAUUGGAUCCGAUUUCUCCUUCAGUUUUUUGGGGGCUGGGAAUGUGCAAUUUAAGAACACAGAAGCGGGCUCGUUGCCAGUCAUGGUCCAAACCACCGCAUGGACAACAGCUAAGGGGAUUGUUCUAUUAUCCUCGGCUGAUGCGUUGUCAGCCCGAAGCCUCGCGUUUUCUCGGCCUUCACUUUCGGGCUUUCGACGGCCAAAGCCUGCCCUUCCUAUUAUCCGCGAGCCACCAAAACCUGCCCACAGUGACAUUCAAACUGAUAAGAAUGAUGACGAGCCAACUGGAGAGAGACCAGAGUUGGCAAAGAAACCAGAUCCCGUGCCAGCUGUUGUCAAGCUAUCCAUACCCACGUUUACAGCAUGGAAGCAGAGAGCCAGUUCAGGGGUAUCAGCAAAACUAACGAAGUCUUCCACUCUCAACACUAAGGAUGCAUCGUUGAAGCAGUCAUCUGCUGCUGCCUCCACAAAGGAGAAUAAGGAGCCAGCGGUCUCUGCAGCAAAAAACAAGAAGUUAGAUGUAGAUAAGCCACCACCGAAGAAAGCCAAGACUUCACAUACCCCUGGAAAGGUAAGGGUUUGCAAGCAAGUCCUAGAAUCCCAUAUGUCCCUAAAUUGUGUGCUACGCAGGCUUUGGAUGCUUCAAAUCAAUCAAAGGCUCCUGGCAAAAAGAAACCAGAGGCAACGCCUGAAAAUGAGGACAUUUCCACCACU